GCAUUUGUACAUAUUAAGAUGUAAUACUGCGUGAGGAUGCCAGCAGUCUUGCCGCACUUAGUAGGUUCCCGCUUGUGAGCACAGUCUUCACUCAUUAGGCAAAAAGUACAUUUUAGUGAGAGCUUUCUUUCCUCAGACAUAGCAGGUGGUUUCUGCUUGACAUGUUAGUGCAGACUAAGCCGGCUACAUCUUCUAAAUUCACUCAGUAGCAUCCUUCGCCAGCAAGCCCAAGCUCCCCAUCGAAGCCCAAGCCAAAGGGAGCAAGGCAAUAGAGGCACUCAGCUUCUUCCCUAGCCCUACAACAUCUGGGUCCUCGAAGGACCCCUUUGCAGCCGGCAUCGGCGGCGUUAAGAGGGCAGCCAGCCGCGCUUGGGCAGACGGGGCGAUGGAGACGGGUGGGGGAAGCUUUCCGGCCGGAAAAGCAAACUGAUUCAAAGCAAAAGAUAGGAAUGGCCGGCGAAAAAGAAAACGGUGGACUCCAACGGGACUCGGGUGAAGAAGACAGCAACGCAAACGGCGCCGGGUCGAAGCAAGAAGGGCGGGCCGGCGAGCGAGCGAGCGAUCCGGCUUCCCGACGCGAGAGGUCGCUCCCCUGACGAGCUCUGGAGGGGCGCCAGGCUGCGGCGCCUUGGCAACCCCGGAGCGCCGGCCUAGAGAAGAAGAUGGCGGCGCACGCCUCUUCCUCCUCCUCCGCGGCCUCCCCUGCUCCGAUGUCUCAGUUUACGAGUGAAGAUGAAGCUCUUUUGCAGUCUAUGCUCAGACAGUUACUGCAAAGCGUAAAAGAGAAAAUCACAGGGGCACCAUCUGUUGAGUGUGCAGAAGAGAUUCUGUUGCAUUUGGAGGAAACAGAUGAAAAUUUUCACAAUUAUGAAUUUGUGAAGUAUCUUAGGCAAUAUAUAAGUAACACCUUGGGCUCCGUGAUAGAAGAAGAAACAGAGAAAUGUACUUCUGCACAAAAUCAGGGUGAAGUAUCUGGCUAUGACACACUUGUGCAGCAUGUUACCAAAAAGACACGAGAAUCAAAAGAGUAUAGAGAAAUGAUGAAUUCUCUGAAGAGUGUCAUGAUGGUUGUGGUUGAAUCCUUGAUUAAUAAAUUUGAAGAAGAUCAGAUGCGCUACAAAGAGAUGCAGAGAAAAGUGAAAACAGAACAACACAGCAGUUACUAUACAGAUAAUUGUUCUGAUAGUGAUUCUUCUUUUAAUCAGAGUUAUACAUUCAUGAACCAAGAACAGUUGCAGUUGCUUGUAGAAAGGCUUGAUCCUGCACAAUCCAAGGAGGUGCGCCAAGAAGCCAUACAAAUGUUGUGUUCUGCACCUCCAUCUGAUAUAUUAAGCUGUGAGAACUGGACUAAUUUACGUAAGCACCUUGCAACAGCACUGUCAGAUCCAGAUUCCAGUUUUAGUGACAAAGUUCUGAAAUUCUAUGCCAAGACAUUUUCUUCCUCUUCACUGAAUAUGACAAAAGAACUCUAUGUGAGUUUAGCAAAAUACCUAGAGCUGUUCUUUCUUUCUGAGGAUCAUCAUAUUCCUACCAUGUCAAUGGGUGUUGACAUAAGUAGCCCAAAUGUGAUACAUUUGCUUAAAAAGAUACGUUUGCUAAAUGAGUACCAGAGGGAAGUCCCAUCUUUUUGGAUUCGUCACCCAGAAAAAUACAUGGAAGAAAUAAUGGAAAGUACUCUAUCACUUCUGUCAGUCAAACAUGAAUUAAGCCACACUGUUUCUUCAGAAUUUUUGGGUCCAGUAUAUUACUUGGCUCUUGUUGAUCUCAAAGCUGUAUGGUUUAAAAAAUGGAUGCAUGCUUAUUACAGCAGAACAGUGGUGCUAAGGUUGCUUGAAAAGAAAUACAGAUCGUUGAUAAUUGCAUCUGUUGAGCAGUGUGCCUCCUAUUUGGAAGCUUGUGAAUCAGCAGUUGAUGGAAGAGGCCACUUUCAUUCUUUCUCCACAUUACAUAAUGGUAAUGAGCAGAAGAAUUUGUACACCGGAAAAGACCUGCAGUAUAUAUGUUUUGUUCAUUCCCUGAGCCUCUUAGGCAGAUUGUUGAUAUAUAAACAAGGCAGAAAACUCUUUCCUAUUCUGCUGAAAAACAAAAAAGAUUUGAUGUCUCUGACAGACCUUGUCAUAAUGUUUACCCGUCUUAUCUAUUGUUCUCCAAAUUGCCCAAAGACACUGACUGUGCAUUCAGCCAAUUCUUCUCCAGCUGGCCUUGUUACUGAUGUGCUUAGAAUUCUUUGUGAUCGAAAAGAAUGUGCUGCUGAAUGUCUGUAUACUAAUACCGUGAUAGAAGCUCUUCUUCAGCCAGUCCAUUGUUUACUAAAUGGAGCAGAGGUGCAUCUGAAUUGUCCAGAGACUACUUUAAUACAUAUAGCUGAUAUUUUGGCCAGGAUUGCUGCUGUAGAUGAUGGCCUUUCACUUCUUCUUCAUGGAGAAGAAAAGUCCCCUCUCAAGGGGGGUACUAGCCUUAGGGGUGCUUAUACAAUCGGACAAUUUACUAAGAAGCUUCUUGAUGAAGAAUUUUCCAUUUUGUCCAAUUCUGAGAUGUUGCCCGUCCUCAAAGGCGCUUUCAUUUUUGUGUGCCGCCAGAUGUAUAGUACCUGUGAAGGCUUAGAGGUGCUGCUGCCUUAUCAUUUACAUCAGUCUAUUGUGGAGGCUUGGAAAAAGACUAGUUUGCUUUCAGAGAGAAUUCCUACGCCUGUAGCUGGCACAGACUGUGCUUCAACAAGAAGCCAAGAAUCACAGAGCUUUAUUGUGUUGGAAGAGACAUUGCUGGAUGACUUGUUAAAUUUUGCUGCCACACCAAAAGGGCUUUUACUGCUGCAGAAUACAGGAACAAUUAAUGAAUGUGUGACCUUCAUGUUCAACAGAUUCACAAAAAAUUUUCAGGUCAAUGGAUGUGAAAAGUUUGGCUACGGGGUAAUUGUUUCACAAGUGGCUGCAACUGCUGCAGGGGCUGUAGCUCUGCAAAAUUCAGGGUUUAUAAAAGCAAUUAUUACUGAAUUGUGGGGUGUUCUAGAGUGUGGAAGAGAUGAUGUCCGUGUAACCUACCCUAGAUCAACACCCGUAGAUCCCAUUGACCGAAGUUGUCAAAAGUAUUUUCUAGCUCUGAUAAACUUGCUGUCUUACCCUGCUGUUUAUGAGCUGAUAGGUGACCAAAAUAUCCCAAAUAAAUCAGAAUAUUCACUUCGUGAGGUUCCCACUAACAUUACUGAUAUCAUUGACAGACUUAUAAUUGUGAAUAUGGAAGCUAAAAUUCACUCUUUAUUCAAUUACGAGCAGUCACAUACCUUUGGACUGAGAUUAUUAAAUGUGCUUUGCUGUGAGCUAGAUACACUUCUGCUUUUAGAAUCACAGUAUAAGAUAUCAGCAGUUCUCCUAGAUGCUCAGAAAGAGAACGCCAUCAAUAUUUCUGAAACAUCUCGAGACUUUAUAAUUGAUGGCUUAUCAGUUGAGAGAAACCAUAUUCUUGUUCGAAUCACUCAUGUUGGGGGACCAACAGAACGGAUCUUGCCUCCAAGAAUACUGCAGAAGGGUGAUGAUCCAUAUCCCUGGCCAAUGUUUUCAUCCUAUCCUUUACCAACAUGCUAUCUUGCUGAAUUUCCUAGAAAGACCGAUUCGAGGCAAGAUGAUGAUACUAGCAGACUUUUAUCUGAUUUAAAGAAUCCAGAUAAACAGCUGGGAUGGAUUGAAAAUGUUCAGAAACAGUUUUGUGAAAUUAUGGAAAACAAACCUAACGUUAUGAACGGCACCAAUUUGUCCGAAUUAAUUGAAAAGUUUGUGUUGCAUCUUUCUGAAACACCAUCGGAAUGUUACUUCAGUAGCAGAGAAAAUGAAGCUGAUGAAAAUGUGGAAAUAAAAAACCUUUCAUCUGUGCAGCAGCUUGGCAUUAAAAUCACAAUCAGCUAUGGUAAACAUUUGAACCUCCUUGGAGAAAAUGCUGAGAAUGAUCUAAGUGAAAUAUUAAUGUACUGUGAGAAAUAUUUGAAGAAACAACAACAAGCAUUUGUAAUGACAUCGUUACGUGGUCUGGAGGGAGGCUAUGCAGGCUAUGAUUGGUUUGCAUCUUCUGUGUUUCUAAUAAUGAUGGGAGACAAAGAGAAGACAUUAACAUUCCUCCAACAAUUUUCUCAUCUCCUUGUUUCAGCAUUCCUUUGGAUGCCACGACUGCAUUGUUCUAUCCACCUGCCUCCUCACACUGCGAUGUCUGGCAUCCAUCCAGUCUAUUUCUGCAGUGCACAUUAUGUUGAGAUGUUGCUGAAGGCUGAGUUGCCACUUGUAUCUUCUGCUUUUCGUAUGUCUGGUUUUACUUCAUCACAGAUCUGUCAGCAGUGGCUAACUCAGUGCUUCUGGAAUUACAUGGACUGGAGUGAGAUCUGCCAUUAUAUUGCCAUUUGUAUUUUUCUUGGCGCAGAUUAUCAGAUAUAUAUGUGUAUAUCUGUUUUCAAACAUCUACAGCAAGAAAUUCUCCAGCAUACCCAGAUGCAGGACCUCCAGGUUUUUCUUAAAGAAGAAGCACUUCAUGGAUUUCAAGUGAGCGAUUACGUCAAAUACAUGGAAAACUUGGCUGUAACCUACAGACCAGUGCUGCUAAGAGACAUGAGAAACAUUAGAGAGCAGAACACAUAGAUUAAGCAAAGGAGAAUCUCAUUUCAAAUUUUAGUUAUGUUCUUAAAGAAACACUGUGUGUUGUUUUCUGUCCUUCUCUGUAAAAAGGCAUCCAUUCUAAAAAUGCAGACUGCCAAAUCAUUAAUAGGGCCUUUUAGCAUACUGCUUUCACAGGACAACGUCCUCUAAAUUGGAUCAUCUGAAAAAUAAUGUGUUUUUCUAGUUGUACACUAUCACCUUGUUUACAACUAGCUUCAGAAGCUGCCCUUGAAUUAUUUAAACAUUCUUCUUUUAUUUUCUAGGAGUAAUUUCCAUAUUAUUAUACAUAGCCUCCCUUCACAUCCUCCCUAAAAUUUCCAAAAUGCAUGCAGGUUUGGCAGUAAGAAACAGUAAUCCUGAGUACCCACAGUGAGAAUGCAGCCUUGGUUGAUAAUGAAAAAUAGCAAUACUGUAUAUUUCUUUACUAGAAUGACCUUGAGAUGUUAGGAAAUAAGGGUAACUCAAUUUGAAUACAGAAAAUUGGAGUAUCUCAUUUUGAGAUAGAAUAAAAUAUUUGGUAUUACUUUCUAUACCUGUAAUUUUUGAACACAUAUUGAAACCUUUCCUUGAAAUUUACAUUUUGGUUAAGUGAAUACAUUAAAAGUGCAGAAAAUGCAGUAUUCUCUUUCGUUUUCUUAUUUUCUUCUCAUGCCGAAAGAGAAUGUAAGAACUCUUCCAUUAUAUGUAUAUAUGUUGUAUUUAUACUGUUAAUAAAAUUUUAAAAAUAGACAUGGAAUCAAGGUAUUUAACAUCGUCUGUGUAAUAUCUGUACUGAGAUGUAUCUUCUGUGGUGCAUCAAAUUGUGGCACAACUGAACAUUAUCUGGUUUGCUGAUUUAAAACAAAGGGCAAGUAUUCUCUGAAUAUUUUCAUCUGAAAACAUCUGAUAAUUUUUUCCAUUUGGAAUCACUAAAAUGUAAAAGUAUUUAAAUUUGGCUAGAUUGUAUCCAGAUAUGUUUACCAAAUUCAUCAACUACAGCCUUUUAUUAAAAAUUAAAAGUUUC